GUUAUUGGUGUCUUCCCUUAACAGGCGUAUGGUAUAGUGUGGAAAGCCAUUGACCGUCGGACGGGGGAGGUUGUGGCCGUCAAGAAGAUUUUCGACGCUUUUAGGAACGAGACGGAUGCCCAACGCACUUUCAGGGAGAUCGUCUUCCUGCUGGAGUUCUCAUCUCACCCGAACGUUAUCCGCCUCUUGAAUGUGUUGAGAGCUGAUAAUAACAAGGACAUCUAUCUGGUGUUUCAGUUUAUGGAGACCGACCUUCACAAUGUUAUCAAGAAAGGCAAUGUUUUAGAAGACAUCCACCGACGUUAUAUCAUGUACCAGUUGUUCCGGGCUGCUCGCUACCUUCACUCGGGCUCUGUCAUACAUAGAGACCUAAAGCCAUCGAACCUUUUACUGGACAGUGAUUGCCGUGUUAAGGUUGCAGACUUUGGAUUGGCUCGCUCUGUGGAGCCGUGUGCACUUGUAGAACCACAAGGUGACCCUACACUGACAAAUUAUGUUGCCACAAGAUGGUAUCGAGCUCCUGAAAUUUUAUUGAAUUCAAAAAGAUAUACCUUAGGGGUGGACAUGUGGAGCCUUGGUUGUAUUCUGGGUGAGAUGUUGCUCGGUAAACCAAUGUUUCCUGGUUCAUCAACACUUGAUCAGAUUGAGAGAAUUAUGUCAGUUAUUUCUCCACCGUGUAGAGAAGAUCUUCACCUCGUUUCCUCACAGUACGCCUCUACGCUUCUUAGUAAACCUCAUGGAGGACGAACUCCUAAACCCCUUAAAGAUAUACUGGCAGGUGCACCAAAUGAUGCCAUAGACUUAAUUGAAAAGUUGCUGGUGUUUAGUCCUGACAAAAGACUUACAGCUGAACAGGCUCUCAAACACCCAUAUGUUGCAAGAUUUCAUAAUGCUGCUAAUGAGCCGUGUUUGGAACAUGCAGUGGUGCCUUGUAUUCGUGACGACGUGCAGCUUAGUGUCGACAUCUACCGCAAUAAACUGUAUGAACUCAUAGCCUCUCGUAAGACUCGAUUAAAGAAUCCAUCCAGCAGUGACCGGGCCAAUGGUAUUAGCAGUUCGAGAAGCAACACAAAUCAAGCAAGUGUUGGUCACAAUCACUCCAAAGAUCACAGCAGCUCACAAUCUAAGUGUAAUAACCAAAAUACUUCAAAUUCUCAUAUUGCAAACAACAUCAGUCCAAUAAGAGGCACACAAACCUUACAAUCAAACCAGCCAAUAAAAGUGAAAGUCGUGGCUCGUAAGGUAGAUAGACAGUUGGUUGCUAGUGUAGAUGAAUGUGUUCGCCAGUCCUCUAAAGAUAGUGAUAAGUCAUCAGCCAAGUCAUCAGCCAAGUCAUCUGCCAAGUCAUCAAGUAGCUCUAGUCCAGCCAGUAAUGGCCGUCGCAAGUCUAUAUCUCCUGUAAUAUCCCGACCCACAGAGUUAACUCCAGAGAAAAGACGUGAACGAAUUUACCAUCAGCAUCCAACAGAUGUAUCACAAAAGCAUCGUAGUCUUGAUGGACUGGGUGUGCUCCAAGGUGUAGUCCCUGUUGCCCGGUCUGGAGGAGUUACUGUCACACUUGGUGGGGGAGGUGGGUCAGGUGAGAAGCGUGGGCCUUUCACUCGGUCUGUAUCCCUCACCUUCCCUUCAACAAAUGAAGGUUCACCCACCAAGGUUAUUACUAGUUAUAACAAACAAGCAUCUCUACAAAAAAUAAGCCCAGGUAAAAAGUCUUCACAUGCUGUCUCAUCUGUCAAUGGGCUUACAAACAGUAGCAUUGUUGGGCGUGAGGCCAUGUAUAGAUCUCCAGCAAAAUACUCUAAUGCUAUGUACAGUAGCAAACCCUCUCAUCCACUGUUUGCAACAUAUUCUCAGCAUGCUACAAUAUCAUCUGCAGCAUAUAGGGAGUUACGGCAGGGAGUCAAGUAAGGAAAUAUUAUAGGAAAAUAGUCAAAGUUGCCAUGAGAUUAGUUAUAGUAUACAUCAUGAUUAAGGGGAAGAUGCAGCUCAUAAUGGUAAAAAAUAAUGAUAUUUGAGAUUGUUACAGGUACAGUACUACUUAUUUAUACAGGUAAAUUGAUGGACCUCUAAAUGUAUGUGCUGUAGUAUUGAAAAUAUCCAACAAAUAAGAUAAACCUUACAGUGUGAGUGCUGUACAGUACAGUACAUGUUUACACACACACACAUAUAUCAUAUAUAUAUAUAUGAUUAAAUACUCAUUACUUUGGUGCAAUGUCAAAUUUUGUCAGUGAGCAGUUUACUAAGUACGGGAAGUUUGGUUUCAACAAUUAAAAUAUUUUUUAUCCAUUGCCAAUAAACCACACAGGACUCUCCAACUUUGAUGAAGACUUCUGCCUGUACAGGUGUGCAGUAUUUUGGAUGUUAAAUUAUUACACCAUUAUGGUAUACUGUACUGAAGUAUAUGCUAUUCUUAAGUACUGUAUGCAAAUUGGAACACUGAAUAAUGUGCCAUAGAGGAUUUGUGGAUAGAUAGAGAAGUAAUUACUGUAAUCAUUUACUAGUCUGUCCAGGAGUGGGCACUACACUGGCAUUUAAUUUAUUGUAUAUGUUCAUUAGUUAAUGACACUUAUGAAGAUGAUUAAUUGUGUAUAACAUUUGCAUUUGUCUUAGUAUUAUAUAUUAAGAAAAUUUAUUUCAGGGUUUUAGUUAUUAUUAUGUGUUAAUUUGAGGCACAAUCAGAUUACGGUACAUUUACCAUCAUGGUUUAUCAUUGCUUCGUAUUCUGGCUCCUGUAUGUUACAUAAAAGCAAUAUAGCCCUCCACAAAUUUUUAUUUUCAAGUCUUUAGCCAACAUUUUGAUGUGCUACACAAGGAUCUCAAUAAUACAGUACCGGUAUGUGGAAUUAAAUUAGUGUUGUACAGUUCUCAUAAAGUACCUCCUUGAUUUUGGAGUGGUUUUCAGUUCUUCAGCAGAAGGCUUUAUGGAAUCAUACUUAAACAGACUGAUAUUUCUUACUGUGGAGUCUUCCACGUAACUUACUGAAGGGGAAGGUCAUGUUAAUACAUAUGGUAGUUCUAUAAUAAUCAAAAAUAUCUUUAACCUUGUUUAAUUGGCAGUUUACUAAUAUCCAUCAGUGACAUAGUUUACUUACAAAGACUCUUUAAAAAUAUAAAUUGGAGAACUACAUUACACAUUUAUGUAUCUUAUUUAACAUGGGUCCAUGGUGAAUCACAGUAGAUAUCAGUAAUUGUCUCCGUGUUAUUUUGCUGAUUCAAUUUGUAGCAGUUAAAUUAUAAUGGCCUAUCACUUUGCUGUAGCUAUAGCCAGUGUACAACAUUAUUUAAAUUCAGUUUAUGACCUGUUGACUGUUUCAUGCUGUGUGUAAAGUGGACCCCACAGGACCACCUCCACACCCUUCCAAUAUUAACACAUAUCUGCAGCUCUUAUCAACAGUGGUCUCUUAGUUUGAUUCUGUUUCUCCCUCAUUAUGUGCAUGAAAUUUGAGGCAGGAUGAGUAUUGGCAUUCAUGAUACAGAAAGAUUCAACUUGUGAGCCAUGGAAAUUGCUCAAGCUGCCAAUUUGGAUACAUUGGGUUAUCUUCCUGAUGUAUUAGCAUGAUGAUUUUUCACCUCAGGCAAGUAUCAGUCUCAAUAGCCACUAAUAAUUCUUGAAAUUCUGCUGGUUUUUACACAUGUACAAUCAUGAAAUUCAAAUAUAAUGAACUAGAAUUUGUUUAAUUUUGUCCCAAAUUA